GAAGAUGGUGCAGUAUUCUCCAGCCUCGACCAUCUUUUCUUUGCUUCCGUCAAUUCUCAUUCGGUUCUUUUCUUUUGAGUCCGUUCUGUGAACAACUCUGUGUUUCAUUCGCAACGUAACUUGCUUGUUUCCUUCAGUCAAGUCUCAGCAUAGCGACGGAGUUGUUCUCUCAUCUAUUAUCUUUCGUCAUUUCCCAUUUUCUCGUUGCGAGAAAUUUUGGAGUAGCGCGCAAGUCGUGUCUAGUACCUACAUCGUCAUCUCGAAUUACAACUAAACCAUCGACUCAUCUACGAAACGUUCGCAAGACUCCUCGACGGCCUCUUUAGGGAUCCCGAAUAUCCACACCAACACGAUAAACUCUCUGUAACAACGCAAAAAUGUCCUGCCAGCCAUUCACUUCGGUUCCUCAACCACCCACCACACUCCCAUCGUGCGCCGUACCUAUCGGCGGCUCGAACUCUUCAAUACUAGACGCAUGCUGCAACGGACACAUCAACGCUAUCGCGACAUACUCCGCCCCCGACUCGACCACAUCAUCACCAUCAGCAUCCUCAACACCAGUCAUCGUUAACUCAGAAGACAACGACGGUUGCUUCCAAUAUUGCAUCACCGAUUCACCAGACAUCGUUCAAAGUUGCUUGGCACAGAAGAUGGAAGAAUAUGAGAAGGAAGGUGCAAGUGGCAGGGGUAUGUUUAGCUGCUUCAACACGGAGAAGGCGGUCGGUGCGAGGAAGAUCGACGAGGAGCGAGGAUAUGCUAGUGCAGGUGUGAGGAUCAGUGGGGCUGCGAGUUGGGUGGUCUCAUCGCUGCUGGGUCUGAGUGUUAUUGGUGCAGUCGUGGGAGGUAUUUGAGCACGAUUAAAGAGACUGGUAGAUGGCAAGACCGUGAAAGGAUGCGAAAUGUUUGAUUGAGUUGUAUACCCAGGGUUUUCUCUAGCAUCUCCUGGCGUUGACGCUGGACGUAAUGAAUAAUGACAUAUUCCAAUUCCUUGACUAUAGUAGCGGUGUGGGACGACAAAACUAAUGAGAUCUACGAUACGAUUGUC